AUGCUAAAGACAAUGCACAGAUAUGCAGGCACAUCGACCGUGCAUAUGGCGCUUGGCGGCGGCAAAACACGUCUUGGCGGCGCCCAACGGCUGGCCAACUCCUGGGGCACGCUUCGGUUGGCUUCCACCAACAUCCCCACGACUCAAAAGGGCGUGAUAUUCUAUGAACACGGCGGCCAACUCCACUACAAGGAAUUGCCCGUGCCCAAGCCCAAGCCCAACGAGAUUCUUGUCAACGUGAAGUACUCUGGUGUCUGCCAUACGGACUUGCACGCUUGGAAGGGUGACUGGGCACUGCCCGUCAAGCUCCCGCUCGUGGGCGGCCAUGAAGGUGCCGGCGUCGUCGUUGCCAAGGGCGAAAACGUCACCAACUUUGAAAUCGGCGAUCUGGCAGGCAUCAAGUGGCUCAACGGCUCGUGCAUGUCGUGCGAGCUGUGCGAACAAGGUCACGAGCCCAACUGUGAGCAUGCAGACCUCUCAGGAUACACUCACGACGGAUCCUUUCAACAAUACGCCACGGCUGACGCCGUCCAGGCUGCUCAGCUGCCAGAAGGCACGGACCUUGCUCAAGUCGCUCCCAUCUUGUGUGCCGGCGUCACUGUUUACAAAGCGCUCAAAACUGCGGACGUGAAACCUGGCCAAUGGGUUGCAAUUUCAGGGGCUUCCGGUGGACUGGGGUCAUUGGCAGUGCAAUAUGCCAAAGCCAUGGGUCUACGAGUUCUUGGGAUUGACGGUGGAGACGACAAGAAAAAACUUUUCCACAGCGUGGGUGGCGAUGUUUUCAUCGAUUACCUCAAGAGCAAAGACCUCGUUUAUGACAUUCAAGAGGCUACUCAGGGUGGUCCGCAUAGUGCCAUCAACGUCUCGGUUUCCGAGGCUGCCAUUUCUCUAUCGGCACAGUAUGUCAGGCCUUGUGGAACUGUUGUCUUGGUUGGUUUACCCGCGGGCGCGUAUGUCAAGUCAGACGUCUUUUCUCACGUAGUGAAAUCAAUCUCUAUCAAGGGAUCGUACGUCGGAAAUCGUGUCGACACUCGCGAAGCCAUCGACUUCUUCACCAGAGGACUUGUGAAAUCGCCAAUCAAGAUCAUAGGUCUAUCGCAGCUGCCAAAAGUAUACGGCUUGAUGGAAGAGGGUAAAAUUUUGGGAAGGUAUGUGGUUGAUACCUCGAAAUAA